CCUACGUUUGUUUUCAAUCGUUCUCAGCCCAUUGCAGAUCCAAUCAGAACCUACCAUCAAGAUGCGUUCUCAGCUCUCUCUUCUCGCCAUCACGGCCGCUACCGUGUCCGCUAUCCCCCAGUCCCAAAUCUCAAAGCGCGAUAACAUCAACGACGAGAAUGGUAACAUCAAAAUCACCUUCUCCGAUGAAACUGUCAAGAUCGGCACAGUGAAGAUUGACGAAAUCAUCGCGGGUCUCUCGAAAGCCUGCUCCACCCAAGGCCAAUGCGACACAUCCACCAUCGACUUCCAGGGCCAGCUGAUCGCAGCCGGUCGCGGCAGCUCGGUAGACGACAUAACCGUUCAUGUUGAGCCCUCCGGCGCCUACCCAACCUGGAUCCACAACGGCUUGAUUGAUGGUCUCGCCGCAGCCGUCAAGGCCGUCGCAGAGUGUGAAGACAUCACCAAUACACCCACAUGCCCCAAUCCUGCCGUGUACUGUCCUGCUGAGCCAAUCACGGUCAACGAGUGCACAGUGCCGCAAUACUGGGGAAUCAACUACCAGGAUAAAGAUGCGGCCAAUGCGGCGCCGCCAUUCAUUGGCUCGGAUUUGACGAUUGAGGUUGAUAAUGGUGGCUUCUGCGGGAAGCUCUUGACUUCGAUGAGCGCUGUUGCCGGUGCUGUACAUGGUGUUGCUGGUGGUAUCUUCACGCUGUUGUCGUUGGCUUGCAAGGACUGA